AUGACGACUCCAGUCCGACGAAGCAAGGCGAUGCCUACUGAUGGCCCAACAGCCCGUUUCCUCUACACGAUCAUUAAGCAGCUUGAUUUGAAAUCAAUUGACUGGAAUCUCGUCGCCUCUCAACUGGAAAUCUCCAACGGCCACGCCGCUCGCAUGCGCUACUCACGCUUCAAACAGCAGAUGGAAGGGACGACGUCGACGCCGCGGGCAUCCCGUCCGAAAAAGACUGGGUCUAAAAAAGGCGAGAAACGACCCAUCUCACCACCACCGCCCCCCCCUGCCCGUUCGAACCCCAUGGCUGCCCUCAAACAAGAGCAAACCCUGCCUCAGGCUACCGCCCCCUUCAUCAAGACGGACCCCUCCUAUACCGUCUUGCCUGAUCUUUCAAGCAUCCCGGCUGCUCAGGCAGGUAACGGUCCAGUGGUGAACGGCUUACCGAUGCAGUCUAUCGAAAAUCCGACAAGCACUGCUACUGCAACCCCCAUGCUGCCGAUGGGAUACCCGGGUAUGCCUGUAUAUCACCCCAUGCUCGAGUUUCGGCCGGUGGAUAUGCAGUCGGGACAGGCGGCGAAGGCAGCUGCCGCAGCAGCAGUAGCCGCGGCACAGACACAAACACAGCCAUGGUCUAGUUUAGAGCAAGAGGAGGAGACACCGAGGGAGGAGCUGCUGGUCAAGAGGGAGGUGAAUGAUAUUUAG